CUUCCUUCUUCAGCAUUUGAGCUUGCCAAUAACGUAAACAUCCAGUGAGAAACAAACAAAAUAUCGCGAACAACUUGGACCAAGAAAGACAUUGAAAGAAACGACAACUCCAGAAACAAUGGACUGGGAUUCAAUAUGCGGCCUAGUCAGACGCUCAAAAAAAGACCAAUAGGAAAGACAUGGUAUGAGAGUGUACAAAGUUGGAGAAACAUGUUCAAGGAAAUAUCUUGGUGAAAAGAGAGUGUAUGGUUGGACAGCUUAGCUGUCCCAGAUGGCACCAUAAGCUGGCACGCCGCGCGUCUCCAGGCCGUACACGACCUUUUUGGUGAUCUUCUCGUUGGCUAUUAUUAUCACAGCUUCGGCGUCAAAGCUCUUGGCUAGGUUAUAGCCCAUUUGAACAAGGUCUGGUCGGCCUUGAGUCUUCGUAUUCCAGAUCACAGCGUCCGGAAUAGCGUCUCGAACCUGGCCAACAAGCUCUUUGCCGAACGACUCUUCUGGUCGUGAUGUAGACCAAAUCAGCUGUGUAGGGCAUGUUUGAUGGACAAUGUGGCCUAGUAGCGGUCCAAUCCCGGAUCCUGUGGCGACAACGACGAUUCUGUUGAAGAGCGUUGCGAUACGCAUCACACCACAUGUUGGCACACCACGUACCCAAAUGGAACUGGGAGGGUUUUGUAUACAAGAACGAGUCCAGUCGCCGGCAUUGGAGACAACCAACGAGUAACCCUUAGCAUGUUGAUUAGGCUGCGGGUUGGGGAUGGUUGCAAAAGAGUGCCAUUCGAUCAAGGGUCGUCGAGAUAAGCGGGUGAAAGUACCAUUCACGGGAACGGUAUAGUCGAAAUGCAGGCGAACUGCAUGGUCAGAAAGCACUUCGGCCUCGACUGGAACCUUGCGCAGGAAAAACCAUGAAGAGGCAAUGCUGAGUGUGGCCACCACCAAGAGCCAGAAGUCUGGAGUCUUAACGGCGGCGAUCCCUAGUCCUUGGUGUUGAGGCCGGGAGUCGUUGAUCGCCAGAAUUGUCCGAGCCCAAAAUAGACCCAAUGAUGUCCAACCGGCAAAACGAUGGAAACGCUCAAAGAAGUUGUGGUACUGCUUCCGGAAAGAGGGCCAUGCAGUAGCCACCAUGGAACAUAACAGCCCGCAUAGAGCCCACGAUACGACCUGUGUCGCCAAGGACCCAAUCGCGUGACCCUCGCAGAAACCUGCAUUGCAGAGUGUUCCACGUACCGUCGAGAUAACCAGCCAGGCCGUGGCACAGACUCCCGCACCCGAGUGCACACCACCCAGGUGAUAUAUCUUGGCACAGCGUUUCCUGAUCCCGAGCGGCAAAUGUUUUGGUACUGAGCAGAAGAUGGUAUACAGGAUAUUGAUCACCGCGUCUUGUCGUACAAGUACUGCGAUCACAAGGUUAAUGGCAGUGAUGAUACCAAGCCAUUCUGCCUUGAGCUGCAGAGCGACCACGCAGAUUAAUGCUGCCAGGUUUAGUAGUCCUAUGAGACUGAAUAGGGUGCGGUAAGCGAUGAAGAUCCUAUGUCUUAGACCUCUGAGGGGUCGUGCCAGCGUCUUAUCAGGCAGACCACGCUCAAGAUCAAUCUUCUCGGUCAGAGUCGACAGAGAGGACAUGGACGAUUGGGACUUGAGUUCGACAUGGUUGUCAUGGACUCCUUCUUUCUCGUAUGGUUGCGUUGCAACACUCUGCUUCGCCAAGGCCAAUGCCUUGAGUUUUCCCUUGUCGACUUUGCCAUUUGGUGUUGAGGGCAAUUCAUCGAGGAGGUGGAGGUGUGUAGGAACGGCAUAGUAGGGCUGGUGUUGCUGUACAUGCUUGAUGGUGGUGGUUGCAUCGCAUCGGCGCGGGGUGGUAAACCCAUGUAUCUCUCCGUCGAUCAGCAGCGCUGCCGCCCGAGACACGCCUGGGGCCGAAGCUAGGGAUGCUGAGAUGCCGUCUAGCUCCACGCGGAAACCCUGAAUUGAGGUCAGAUCAUGGCGAAUGCAUUUAGGGACUUUUGAUGUACCUUUACUUUGACUUGAUCGUCGACUCGGCCGAGAAUAUCGACUGAACCAUCGGCUCUCCAGCGACAAAGGUCACCAGUGUUGUACAUCGUUGAUCUAGAAUGUUAGCUCUGGCACAAUCUAAGAAAGCGAGAUACCUUACCCGUCAUUGGCAAAUGGAUCUGGCUUGUACUUCUCCGCCGUCUUUUCACCUAGGCCGAUGUAGCCUCUGGAAACUCCACGGCCGCCUGCCCACAUCACUCCCGUGGCACCCAUCGGCACAGGCUCACCUAGGUCGUUGAGGAUAUAUACUCUGUUAUUGGGAGUCGGUCGACCGAUUGACAAUUCUUGUCCAACGACAUGUUGAUGCAUGGUAUUCACGAUCGUCGUUUCGGUAGGACCGCAGCAAUUCCAAUAUGUGCCGUGACUUGCCCACAAAUCGGCAAGACUACGCUGGUCAGUUACUGUCGGAAGCUAUGCUCAGUUGAGUACUCACCUUCUUGUAGUUGGUUCGCCGGCUGUAGCCACUGUUUUUAUCCUGGGAUAUUGUGUAGGGUGAUAUUUGGAGAGGAUUGUUGGUGUGCAGAUGAGGACAUCAAUCUAUUUCCGUGUAAGUCGGAGCCUGGCAAUCGAGUGAUUUAGCCGCCACGAACCUGUUGCAGAGUUGGUUCCCAAUUGGAACCUCGGAGAACGAGUGUUCCUCCAUUGCAUAGACAGACAAAGACUUCCCAUGCCGCUGAGUUGGGUCAGAAUUGGAAACAUCUUGGAUACGAGAAACUCACCCAUGUCGAAACUUAUGUUAAGGACCGAGCCAACGCAAGUACCAGAUUCUACCCCCAAUUUUCCUGGGGCCAGGCACACAAGAUUGGCGACAUUUCUGUGUGUGAUGUCGACGCCCUUUGGCUCUCCUGUUGUUCCUAUCUCUCUGUGAGAGGUGCACUCUGAGACAUUGAGCUCUGCGUUGACUUACCUGAUGUAUAUAUCACGUAACAGCCGGAAUCCGGAGUUGCGAGAUCGAUAUGAAGGUCUUCUUCGACAGGGUUUGUGUUUAUUUCGUCAAUAACGACCACAGUCUGGUUGGGAUGUUGGGAGGUGACUCGGUGCUUUGUCGAAGACAGACAAAGGACGACGCCACCGCCGGCCUGCUCAAGGACUCGACGAAUAGUUUUAUCGGGAACGACACCUCCAUCGAGAGGAACAUAUUGAGCUCCGCAUGAAAGGAUUGCCCAUAUACCAAUGAUCAUGUCCAAUCCCCUUUUAGCAACAAGGGGGACCCGCGAGUCAGGACAGACACCUUGAGCAAUGAGCUGUGCAGCCAACUCUUGGGCUCGUUUUGCAAGUUGACCAUAUGUCAGCUCUUUUAGUGAUCCCGAAAGAUCACGAAGGGCUAUAGUAUCUGGGGAAGUUGUUGCAUGGUGAUAGAAUGCUGAAGUGACUGUUGGGAAUGGAGGCUCGACACAGUCCCCUUGGCCAAGUUGAAGAGCUGACUCGUGCAGGGAAUGUCCCUGCAGCGGGCCGGUGACGACCAUUGUGAAGAGGGCACUUUAGAGAGUGAGAUAAGGUGAGGAGGAAGAGACAAUGGGGAUUGUUGGUGUCUGUUGUUGACCGUUGAGUUGACCCUGAGAUCACAACGGACGGGCUUAUAUAGUUUCAACGGCGUGGCAGAGGUAGCACCCGCCCUGGAAAGGAUGUUUCAUCUUUGUCUUCUGAGAUGUCCAUACUCAUGACUAUCGGUCUUUGGUCAAUCAAUCGUCCCUUGACAUAUCCCCAUGGGGGGGGUUUGAAGUCGUCGCGAGAUAUGGAGGUUGCCCUGAUUUCCACAGCAACUUGGGUUCGAACUCACGCCCCCGGAGGGGACGGCGGAACCAGAUUGUCAUAAUUGCUUCUACAUUCCUCUCACACCCGCCCCGGGGUCUUAGUUAUACGGAGCCGGCCCCGGGGUACGGAAGAAUGUGGGACGGGGCAGCCCGGUCAAGAGAGGAAUGUGACGGGCGAUGAGACAUGUGGAGGGGGGAUCCGGAAAGGGGUCCGCAAUUCAGGUACCGAUAAAUCGCUUUUCACAUUGAAGAACCGGCUUCAGGGGUAUGCCUUCAAUACUACCUUGCCUAAUUCCGAUGGGCUGGAUCUUGUCGCGGUACUCGACCACACCCUGGAAACCGGAACCUAUCAGUCAAUCUUAAGUGGCAGUGAACCCUUGCCCAGGGCUAAUGAUUAUGACGGACAUGUGUUGGAGAUCCAUUCCCGCCCUGCAAUUUGGGGUGUGUGAAGAUGCCGUCAAGAUAUACAUGGCCUGUGGCUUUUUGGUGGUACCAAGGGUGUCUUUGAUGAUUGAGCUGCCAACUCGACUCAAGUUGAGGAGUUGAUGGCGCGUCCUUUUGGCAUAAAAGAUACGCAACUAAUCAGGGUUGAAGACCUGCUCGUCACUUCCUGACACUAUCAGCCAGCUCACAGCUCUACUCUCUGUUCGAUCAUCUCUUCUUUCAAGUCCCAACGUCAUCAUUCAUCAUGUCAGAUGCCAAUCUCAUCAUUGUUGACUCUCCCGCGCACGCACCAGGGGUGUCAGUGAUCGCACUCAACCGCCCAGAGAAGCGUAAUGCCCUCUCGAAGGCCAUGAUCACCGAGUUUCUUGGAGCUCUCUCUCGAGUCUCGGCUGACUCAAAGACUCAAGUCAUAGUCGUAACUGGACGCGGCUCUUGCUUCUCGGGUGAGUUAAGUUCCGAAUCACGUUUUCUUGGCAGUUUAUUGAUGUACUUGACAGCUGGUGCCGAUAUCAAGGAGAUAUCGACGAUGGAUGCAGAAGCAGCUAGAUCUUGUCGUUACCUGGAAGAUCUGUGCCAUGGCAUGGCUGCUGUGAGAAAGCCUAUCUUGGCAGCAGUAGAUGGGCCUGCACUUGGAGGUGGUUUCGAGCUUGCCAUGAUGUGUGACUUGAUCUAUACAUCGCCACGUGCAAAGUUUGUGCUCCCCGAGGUGAAUCUCGGUCUCAUCCCCGGAGCGGGAGGCACCCAACGGCUCACGUCUGCCUUGGGGAAGUUCAGAGCCAUGAAAGCCAUCCUGCUUGGAAACCCGAUCUCGAGUGAAGAAGCUUUGUCUAGUGGGCUGGUCUGCGACAUGUUUAAGGAUGGGCAAGUAUUGGACAAGACUAUCGAAGCUGCUGCGCAGCUCGCAGCUCGAGGUAGUGUUGCCGUUCAAUUGGCUAAGGAAGCUAUAUGCCGAGCUGAUGAUUCGUGCCGUGAUGACGCAUUUGAGAGGAGCUUGUAUUACUUUGCUUUUGGAACAGAGGAAAAAGCAACAAGGGUUGAAGCCUUUCUACGACGGUAACUUGUUGACCCAAAGUCUAGUUUCAGUAGAUGCUUUUUGUCUGGCAUCGCUAGCCAAGUCCUCGUCAUCAUGGUUCUGGUGGAGCAAUUAUCGGGUUGCUUGAGCUCCUGCAUACCAAGGAAUAGCUGUCACUUGUUCCCUUCUGUAGCAAUUAUGGUGAAAUUAUAUGACCUAUAUAUUACUUGCAUCCCUU